AUGGAAGAUGAAAUGAAAACAAUAGAAGCUGAAAUACAAAAAUGGGAAGCACGGGACAAAACAUCAGAAUACAUUGAGCAAAUGAAGCAAGUGGAAGAUGAAAUGAAUCAUGAAUGUAGAAAAAUAAUAGCAGAAAUGAAGAAAAUGCAAAAGGCAAAAGAAAAACUAGAAAAAAGUAUUGAAAAUAAAAUAGAAGAUUUAAAAAAAUUAAAUGAAAAAGCAAAAGAGCUAGAACUAAGUACAAGAAUAAAAAAAGCACAGAGAUUAAAAACUGACGUUCAUGAAAUGAAAGAAAAGCUUAGAACAUCAACAGAAAAGGAUAUUGAAAAAUUAAUAAAAGAAGCAGAUGAUUCACUAACAGAGAAUGAUGUACAAGGACUAUUAAAAGGAGUUAAAUUACUAACAGAGGAAGAGAUAAAAUCACUAUUAGAAGUAAUAGCAGGCAAAUCAGGGGAUGAUAAAAAAGAGCUAUUGGAAGCAGUUAAGUCACUAACAGAGAAUGAGAUGGAAAUAAUGCAAGACCAAGCAAAAUCAAUCAAAUUAGAAAGGAUAAGACAAUGGGAGGAAUAUUACAUGAAUAUAGCCUGUUUGGCUGCUUUAAGAAGUAAAGACCCAAGCACACCAGUUGGUGCUUGUAUCGUUGACACUGAAUCUUAUCAAAUAGUUGGGAUUGGAUACAACUCAAUGCCUUAUGUUAAAGGAGGUCAUAAUGACAAAAUUUUCAAAUGGAAAGGGUCAGAAAAGACAACACCUGAUAAAGAUGAAGACAGCACACUCAAAUAUCCUUUUGUUGUUCAUGCAGCAGUUAAUGCCAUUACAAAUAGGACCAGAGAUAAACUUGAUGGUUGCAUAUUAUACACAACAAUACACCCUGAUGAAGACUGUGCUCGUGCAAUACAAGUAGCUGGAAUAAAAGAAGUAGUUUACAGUAUGUUCACAAGAAAAGAGGGAAGAAUAAUGGCAUCAGAUAUGGAGAGGUCAAGGAAAAUUUUUAAAGCCAAUAAAAUUGAAACAAGGUACAGAUGA